AAAAGUUUUAUGAAUAAAAAGCAUUAUUUUUUAAGAACGGCUGAGCUUAAUUUACCCUUUUGCCAUUUCUCCCAUUUCCGAUUAAAAACGUCUUAUGAGGGAAGAGAAGAGAAGAGAAGAGAAUCUAAAAAAAAUGAAAGCGUGAGUUUGAAAUCGAUUCGAGAAGAAGCCGAAUCAAAAUCUCUAUGGAUGCUGAUGACGAUUUCUACAGCGGCACCGAAAACUAUUCCGAUUACGCCGACAGCGACCCGGAAGACGAUGCCGACUACGAGUUCGUCGAAGAGGCCGCUGAUGAUUCCGAUGACCUCAUUUUCCGCCGCCGCCAGACCAAGUGGUGUCCCGCUCCUGGCUGUGACUACGCUGUAAACUUUGUUGUUGGGAGUGGUAAUUAUGAUGUGAACUGUCUCUGUUGUUACAGUUUCUGCUGGAAUUGUGCUGAAGAAGCUCACCGUCCUGUUGAUUGUGACACCGUUUCUAAGUGGAUAUUAAAGAAUAGCGCUGAGUCUGAANUAUAUUGUGAUGGCUACCACUUUGGUGCAUCAUGCUUCACACAAUGUAUUGUACUAUUGUUGCUGCUAAAUUCCAUAUCGACUUUCAGGAUUUUGGCAAAUUCCAAGCCCUGUCCAAAAUGCAAACGGCCAAUAGAGAAAAACCAGGGUUGUAUGCAUGUUACGUGCACCCCACCAUGUAAAUUUGAGUUCUGCUGGCUUUGCCUUGGAGCGUGGACAGAGCAUGGUGAGAAGACAGGUGGCUUUUAUGCUUGUAACCGUUAUGAAGCAGCAAAGCAAGAUGGCAUUUUUGAUGAGACUGAAAAACGCCGAGAGAUGGCAAAGAACUCUCUUGAGAGAUAUACCCACUACUAUGAAAGAUGGGCGACAAACCAAUCGUCUAGGCAAAAGGCGCUGGCGGAUCUUGAGAAGAUGCAAACUGAUGAUAUUGAGAAGCUCAGCGACAUACAGUGUCAGCCUGAAUCACAACUAAAGUUCAUUAUUGAAGCAUGGUUACAGAUAGUCGAAUGCAGACGAGUUCUAAAAUGGACAUAUGCCUAUGGUUUUUACAUACCUGACCACGAGAAUGGAAAAAGAGUGUUUUUUGAGUACUUACAAGGUGAAGCUGAGUCGGGCCUUGAACGACUUCAUCAAUGUGCUGAAAAAGAGCUGCAACCGUACCUAGAAGCCAAAGGUCCCUGUGAAGAUUUUAAUGAGUUCCGCACAAAACUGGCAGGUUUAACAAGCGUCACCAAAAACUACUUUGAGAACUUAGUUCGAGCUCUGGAGAAUGGGCUAUCGGAUGUGAGCUCACAUAGUGCAUAUGAUCGAACCUCAAGUUCAAAGAGCUUAGGGGGGAAGACAAAGGGAUCCACUUCUAAAGCCAGCAGCUCAGAUUCAACACUGUGGUCUUGUGAAUAUUGCACUUAUGUAAAUCCAAGGUCGACCACGGUUUGCCAAAUGUGUGAACAUGGCCGUUGAAAUGUCAGUAACUGGUAUUUAAAGACUGUAAUAGUAAUGUAGGUCGCAUUUGGUCAUAGAUAUGAUCAAGUGAAGAACUGUCUUGUAACUUUAUAUAUGUUCUUGUAUUGGAAAUAAAGGGAUACAAUAAAUUUGAUUAGA